AUGAUUUUUAAACCGCUUUUAGUUGUAUUGGUUUUGAACGUAUUGGCUCGCGAUGCGGUCGGUAGGUCUCAGCAACAGCAGCAACAACAGGGCGGCCACGGCGGCCAUGGUGGAUUCGGCGGAUUAGGCGGCCUGUGGGGCGGUCUCGGAGGUGGCCAACAGCAGCAGCAACAACAGCAGGGUGGCCUAGGUGGUUUAGGUGGCAUCGGUGGCGUUGGUGGUUUCGGUGGAGCCGCUCAACAACAGCAGCAGCAACAAGGUGGCCUAGGUGGUCUUGGUGGUUGGGGAGGCUAUGGCUUGGGUGGUGCAGCUCAACAGCAGCAGCAGCAGCAGCAGGGGGCUGCCGGUGGUUUGAUUGGCCCGGUUGGUCCGUGGGGUGGCAUCGGUGGUUAUGGUGGCGCAGCCCAACAACAGCAGCAGCAGCAACAAGCUGGCCUAGGUGGUCUUGGUGGUUGGGGAGGAUUAGUUGGUGGCGCAGCUCAGCAGCAACAGCAACAGCAAGCGGCUGCCGGUGGUUUGAUUGGCCCGGUUGGCCCGUGGGGAGGCAUCGGUGGUGUUGGUGGCGCAGCCCAACAACAGCAACAGCAGCAACAACAAGCUGGCUUAGGUGGUCUUGGUGGUUGGGGAGGAUUGGUUGGUGGUGCAGCUCAGCAGCAGCAGCAACAGCAAGCGGUUGGCGGUGGUCUGAUUGGUCCGGUUGGCCCGAUUCUUCCAAUUGGUGUGUUGGGAGGCUAUGGCUUGGGUGGUGCCGCUCAACAGCAGCAGCAACAGCAACAACAGGCCGGCUUAGGUGGUGCUUAUGGUGGAGCCCAACAACAGCAGCAACAACAGCAACAGUUGGCUGCGGUCGGUGGCGUCGCUCCCCUGCCUUACGUUAUCCCGUAUGCCCUCCCAUAUGGUGUCUAUGGUGUGCCCUAUGGAGGAUAUGGUGGUCUAUCGGCCCAACAACAGCAGCAACAGCAACAACAGGCUGGUGGCUAUGGAGGCGCCCAACAGCAGCAACAACAACAACAGGCAGCUCUUAACGGCGGUUGGGGUUUAGGCGGUUAUGGAGGAUAUGGCGGAUAUGGAGUUGGAAUCGCUGCCCAACAGCAACAACAACAGCAACAACAACAGCAACAGCAACAACAACAACAGCAACAACAGGCCGCCCUCGGUGGUUUCGGAGGAUAUGGGGUAGGAAUUGGUGCCCAACAACAACAGCAACAACAGCAGCAACAGCAGCAACAGCAGCAACAGCAACAACAGGCAGCUCUUAGCGGUGGUUUGAUUGGUGGACCAAUUGGUUUUGGAGGCUAUGGUGUCGGUGCUCUCGCUGCCCAACAGCAACAGCAACAACAGGCCGGCAUCGGAGGUGUUGUAGGAGGUCUUGGAGGCUGGGGUGGAGCCGCCCAACAGCAACAACAACAGGCAGUUAACGGCGGUUGGGGUUUAGGCGGUUAUGGCGGAUACGGAAUCGCUGCCCAACAGCAACAACAGCAACAACAGCAACAACAACAGCAACAACAACAGCAACAACAGGCCGCUCUUAGUGGUGGUUUAAUCGGACCAAUUGGUUAUGGAGGCUAUGGUGUCGGUGCUCUCGCUGCCCAACAGCAACAGCAACAACAGGCCGGCAUCGGAGGUGUUUAUGGUGGUCUUGGAGGCUGGGGUGGAGCCGCCCAACAGCAGCAGCAACAGCAACAAGCUGGCCUAGGUGGUUAUGGCGGUAUCGGUGGUUGGGGAGGAAUUGCUGGUGCAGCCCAACAACAGCAGCAGCAACAACAACAGGCCGGCCUCGGAGGUGUUUAUGGUGGUCUAGGAGGUUGGGGUGGAGCCGCCCAACAGCAGCAGCAACAGCAACAAGCUGGCCUAGGUGGUUAUGGCGGUGUUGUUGGUAUCGGUGGCUGGGGAGGAAUUGCAGCCCAACAACAGCAACAGCAGCAGCAGCAGCAACAACAACAGCAACAGCAACAGCAACAACAAGCUGCCCUAGGUGGUUAUGGAGGUAUUGGUGGUUGGGGAGGAAUUGCUGGAGCAGCCCAACAACAGCAACAACAACAACAGGCUGGAUUAGGUGGUGUUGGAUUUGGAGGUGUUUAUGGUGGAUUUGAUGCGGCCCAACAGCAGCAGCAACAACAGGCCGGCAUCGGAGGUGGCUUUGCUGGGCAACAACAGCAGCAGCAACAACAACAGGCUGGAUUAGGUUAUGGUGUGGUUGGCAUUCCCUAUGUCAUUCCGUACGCCCCCUGGAGUGGAUUAUAUGGCGGUUAUGGCGGUCUAGCGGCCCAACAACAGCAACAACAACAACAACAGGGUCAGUUAGGAGGACUCGGAGGUAUCGGAGGCUUUGGUGGUCAACAACAGGCCCAACAACAGGGUUUGUUGGGAGGUCUCGGAGGUAUUGGAGGCAUUGGUGGUCAACAACAGGCCCAACAACAGGGUUUGUUGGGAGGUCUCGGAGGUAUUGGAGGCAUUGGAGGCCAACAACAAGCUCAACAACAGGGUAAUGGAGGGCUAGGAUUCGCCCCGUUUGCACCCUUCACACCAUUCGCGCCAAUUGGCAAUGCGAUCGGCGGCCAACAGCAGGCACAACAACAGGGCGCCGGACUCUAG